CAUCAUUACAAUCAAAUUGUUGCUAAAAACUCUUUUAUUAAUCAAUUAAAAAAAGCAGAUGAACAAGUUUCUGUAGAUUCAGGUGAAUCCGCGAAAAAAAGAUUAAAACUCUCCAAUGUUGAUGAAUUGCAACUUGAUUCAUCCAAGAAAACUUUUGCUAAUUUUGGUGUUCAAGUUAAUUUAUUAGAAAAAACGUCUGUCGAUUUUGGGUUACAG